AUGGCACAGGUAUCAAACACAUGGCACAGGUAUCACGUGGCGCAGGUAUCAAACACGUGGCGCAGGUAUCAAACACGUGGCACAGGUAUCACAUGGCACAGGUAUCACGUGGCGCAGGUAUCACACACGUGGCACAGGUAUCAAACACGUGGCACAGGUAUCACAUGGCGCAGGUAUCACACACGUGGCACAGGUAUCACAUGGCACAGGUAUCACACACGUGGCGCAGGUAUCACACACGUGGCACAGGUAUCAAACACGUGGCACAGGUAUCACAUGGCGCAGGUAUCAAACACGUGGCACAGGUAUCACAUGGCACAGGUAUCACGUGGCGCAGGUAUCACACACGUGGCACAGGUAUCAAACACGUGGCACAGGUAUCACGUGGCGCAGGUAUCACACACGUGGCACAGGUAUCACACACGUGGCACAGGUAUCAAACACGUGGCACAGGUAUCAAACACGUGGCACAGGUAUCACAUGGCGCAGGUAUCACACACGUGGCACAGGUAUCACACACAUGGCGCAGGUAUCAAACACGUGGCACAGGUAUCAAACACGUGGCACAGGUAUCACAUGGCGCAGGUAUCACACACAUGGCGCAGGUAUCAAACACGUGGCGCAGGUAUCACAUGGCGCAGGUAUCACACACGUGGCGCAGGUAUCAAACACAUGGCACAGGUAUCACAUGGCGCAGGUAUCACACACGUGGCGCAGGUAUCAAACACAUGGCGCAGGUAUCAAACACGUGGCGCAGGUAUCAAACACAUGGCGCAGGUAUCAAACACGUGGCACAGGUAUCAAAUGGCGCAGGUAUCACACACAUGGCGCAGGUAUCAAACACGUGGCACAGGUAUCACAUGGCGCAGGUAUCAAACACAUGGCACAGGUAUCAAACACGUGGCACAGGUAUCACCUGGCGCAGGAAUCACACACAUGGCACAGGUAUCAAACACGUGGCACAGGUAUCAAACGUGUGGCGCAGGUAUCAACGUGUGGCGCAGGUAUCAGAUGGGGCAGGUAUCAACGCAUGGCACAGGUAUCAAACGCAUGGCACAGGUAUCAAACACAUGGCGUAGCAGCGGCGGUGUGAGUUGCGCUCCGGGGCGUGGCAGCGGCGGUGUGAGUUGCGCUCCGGGGCGUGGCAGCGGCGGUGUGAGUUGCGCUCCGGGGCGUGGCAGCGGCGGUGUGAGUUGCGCUCCGGGCGUAGUAGAACUCACUGUGACGCGUCCGGUGUGUGACCCACUUGAUAGUGUCAUUGGGGGCCGAGCCCCCUCUAAAAUUUACAUCCUAGUAUCACCCCCUGGUGGUCACUAUGCAAAACAGCAACGUUAA